UCCUGGCAGGUUUCAGCUGCAAUGCUCCUUGGAGGCUGGCUCCUAUUGGCUUUCAGUACAAUUCUCCUCCUGUCCUGGGCCCUUGCCCCCGAAGGACUGUGUCCACGGAGGGGCAGUGGUUCAAUGCCAGGGGUACAAGCCGCAGCAGCCAUCGCCACCAUCAUGGGCCUGCUGGUUUUCCCCAUCAGCUUGGCCUCGCCGUUUGCCAAGGAAGCCUGCGUAGCCUCCUCCAUGUACCAUGGUGGUCAGUGCCAGCUAGGCUGGGGCUAUGUGACCGCCAUCCUCAACGCAGUCCUGGCCAGCCUCCUGCUUGUGAUCAGGCGGCCCCACGUGACUGAGGUCCAGCGGAGGACCAUCUUCUCCAGUGACACUGGGAGCAUCAUCCUUGUGCCAGAAACGACCAAAUAAAAAUAUCUCAGGAGGAGCAAAAGGAGCCCACGCUAGAGUUGUAUGAAAUCACCACACACCCAGGUUCAAAUCCCACCUCUGCUGCUUGCUGGCCGUGUGGCCUCAGGCAAAUUGCCUCAUCUCUCUGGACCUCAGCGUAUAACUUCUAUAAAAUGGGGUGGGGCAGGGGGUUGAAAUAAUGCCUACCUCGGAGGGCAGUUAUGAGAAUUAAGAUGCUGUGUAUAAAUAAAGCCCUUAGCAUAUGUUAGGCAAACUUUAGCUAUUAUUAUUAUAAUCCUGACCCCACAGGAGGAUUGUGGUGAGCAUAAACCUCUUCAUGAAAAGUGCCUGGGGGCAAUUCUGGAUCCUUGUCACUCAGAUACUACACCUUUUAAUGG